AUGCAGCCCACGGCCACCAUGGACACAGCCGCUGCCGCCACCACCAUGGCGCUGACGACGUCGUGGGACAACGCCACGGGCCGCCCCACGGCUGAGCCCGAGGGCAUCCUGGACAACUACGUGCUGCUGGUGGCGGUCAUGUCGCUGUUCGUCGGUGGCACGCUGGUGGUGCUGUCGGGCGUGCUGCUGCUGUGCAAGCGCUGCUGGGAGGUGCACCGGCGCGUGCACAGAGCCAUGGAGGAAGCAGAGAAGACCACUACCACCUACCUGGACAACGGCACCCACCUAGCCCAAGACCCCGACUCCCGGGGCGAGGACCCCGAGGGCCAGGAUGCCGAGACUGAGCGUUUCCUGUCCACCAGCGCCACGGGCCGCCGGGUCUCCUUCAACGAGGCAGCCCUGUUUGAGCAGAGCCGGAAGGCACAGGACAAGGGCCGCCGGUACACCCUGACGGAGGGCGAUUUCCACCACCUGAAGAACGCCCGCCUCACCCAUCUGCACCUGCCUCCACUCAAGAUUGUCACCAUCCAUGAGUGCGACUCGGGCGAGGCCAGCGCGGCUGCCAUGACCCACCCAGCUGCCGCCCCCAAGGCCAGCCUCGCCAUCUUCCAGUCCCCGGGGAAGGCCCUCACCGGCCGCUCUGUGGGCCCCAGCUCCGCCCUGCCAGGUGACCCGUACAACUCUGCCGCCGGCGCUGCUGACUUUGUUGAGAUCAGCCCCUCGGCAUCGAGCGACUCGGGGGAGGGCACCUCGCUGGAUGCAGGUGCCCGGAGCGCCAAGGCUGGGGGGCCGGGGGCCACGGCAGGGCCCGGGGAGGCGGGCGCCAGCUCUGGGGCAGGCUCCGUCCUGCAGUUCCUCACUCGCCUGCGGCGCCAUGCCAGCCUGGAUGGGGCCAGCCCCUAUUUCAAGAUCAAGAAAUGGAAGCUGGAGGCCAGUCAGCGGGCAUGCAGCCUGGACACGAGAGGCUCGCCCAAGCGACACCACUUCCAGCGGCAGCGGGCAGCCAGCGAGAGCAUGGAGCAGGAGGAGGAGGAUGUUCCCCACGCGGACUUCAUCCAAUACAUCGCCCGAGCCGGCGACGCUGUGGCCUUCCCGCCCCCCAGCCCCUUCCUGGCCAGCCCCACCAGCCCGCCCCCCGCUCUCGGCAGGUAUUUUUCAGUAGAUAGAGGCGCUAGGGACGGACCUGGGGGCCCCUGCCCAUCCCCGUCUCCCCCAGGCCGCCCUGUGGACGUGCAGGCGCACCCUUCUGCCACAGCCCCUCCCCGAGGCAGACUCGCCGGGGCUACCUGUCCACCGCAGACCAGAGGAGGGAAGCAGGGAGAGACCUGGCUAGAGGCCGCCGAGGAGCAGGGCACCGCGGGAGGAGGCAGCCCCGAGUCCCCCCCAGAGCGCGGCAGCAUGGGGCCUGAGCAGCAGCAGCAGCAGCAGCACCAAGAUUCGGACGCCGAGCGGGAGGCCGGGCCGGAGCAGGCGCAGACCAUCUACAACGACAUCUGGAGCCUGCGCGCCUCGCUCGAGCUGCACGCGGCCACCGGCUCGGACCACAGCAGCAGCGGCAACGACCGCGAUUCAGUGCGCAGCGGUGACAGCUCGGGCUCCGGGGGCCCGCCCGCGCAUGAGCGGCCCGCCACCACCCAGAGCCGCGUCGCGCGCACGCGCAUAGCUCGCUGGCCACCUCGUGCCGCCCCAGGGCGCACGCGCACAGGCCCCGCGAGCGCGCAGUCGGGUCCUCUGAGCAUCCUGAGGCAUAGUGGCUUUGGGAUGGUGGUGACCGUCGUGCGACGGCUGGCACGGGCCUCGGUGGCGGGUGACUGCGGAUGCGUGUGCAGGGUCUGCGACCUGGGGAAAUACUGA